AUGCCGCGGUGGAAACGCAAAGAGAAGCCUCGUUCCGACAACGACGUCGCCCACAGCAAUAAUUUUGCCGUGUUGGCCGACACUUUCCACUCGCCUCCACGACCGCAGUCAAAUGCUGUCGCUUCUCUUCGUGCUGUCUCCGGGAGCUCUCCCGAUCCCUCCAACCCCACCGGGACGGUGAAUGCUCAAUCCCAUUCGGAUCCCGCGGCGAUCCGAAAGCUCGCCAAGCAACAUGCAGAAUUCGGUCCCCUCGGUGAUCCGUCACAUCUCUACACGAGUCAACACCCCGGUGGAGAGAUUGCAGAUCCCGUCCUCGAUGAGCCGCCGUAUUUCAUCGCGUUGACUACUUAUCUCAACUUCCUCGUUCUCAUCUUCCUCGGUCACUUCCAUGAUUUCUUCGCCAAGUGGUUCCGCCCCCAGACGUAUCGGCAUUUGAAACCCCAGAACGGCUACGCCUCGCUGUACAGUGACUUUGAGAGUUUCUACACGCGACGUCUUAAACAACGCAUCAAUGACUGCUUCGACCGACCCACCACCGGUGUCCCAGGCCGCUAUAUCACUCUGCUCGACCAGACCACCGACGACAACAUUCACUUUCAGCUGACGGGAACCACCACGGAUACGCUAAACCUGAGCUCCUACAAUUACCUGGGCUUUGCGCAGUCGGAAGGGCCCUGCGCGGAUUACGCUGAAGAAGUCAUCCGGCGCGACGGCAUAAGCAUGGUGGGAUCUUGUAGCGACACCGGCACAUCCAAGCUCCAUAACCAGGUGGAGGAACAGAUCGCACGCUUCGUCGGAAAGGAAUCGGCCAUGGUCUUCUCCAUGGGCUUCGUUACCAAUGCCACAAUCUUCCCCGCGCUAGUCGAGAAAGGCUGUCUGAUUCUUUCCGACGAACUCAACCAUGCGUCUAUCCGUUUUGGAGCCCGCCUCUCUGGUGCCUCUAUCCAAGUCUUCUCGCACAACAACAUGGCUAAUCUGGAAAAGAAGCUCAGGGAAGCCAUCUCCCAGGGUCAGCCUCGCACGCACCGGCCGUGGAAGAAGAUCUUGGUCACCGUGGAAGGCCUGUUUUCCAUGGAGGGUACCAUGUGCAAUCUGCCCAAGAUUCUCGAACUGAAGAAACGAUACAAGUUCAACCUGUUCGUGGACGAAGCCCACUCCAUUGGCGCUAUCGGUCCCAAUGGCCGUGGUGUAUGUGACUAUUUCCACGUCGACCCUGCCGAGGUAGACAUCCUAAUGGGCACCUUCACCAAGUCCUUUGGAGCCAAUGGUGGCUAUGUCGCCGCCGACAAGGCUGUCAUCGACAAGCUGCGCGCCACGAAUGCUGGUCAAAUCUUCGGCGAAGCACCGGCCCCCGCUGUCCUUGCACAGAUCUAUUCCUCCUUGCGGCUCAUCGCCGAUGAGGACCCGCUGCACCCGGGCCAGGGCCGCGAACGCAUCCAACGACUUGCGUUUAACUCGCGCUAUCUCCCGCCUCGGUCUCAAACGUCUCGGAUUCAUCGUCUACGGUCACGACGACGCCCCAAUCGUUCCCUUGAUGCUCUACAACCCAGCGAAAAUGCCCGCCUUCUCGCACGAGAUGCUGCGUCACAUGCACGGGCUUACGCUACGUCUAUGUCGGCUAAUGCCAUGGACGAAUGUAUUAUUCUCCGAGAUUCAACGGAAGAGCUAGGUACGGAUGCCACUCCGCAUCUCAUCUCCAACGUUGACAAGGGCCUUCAUAAGACAUCGCUACGGGAUGUUCACGAAUGCGUAUCACAGAUCAAGCAUCAGGAUGCCAUGAGUAUUGCCGAAUAUCUCCGCGCCGUUGCGGUGGGUUUCAAUGCAGAUUCGGAUGAUGGACUCUGUGGGACUGCCAUGCGUGCCGUCAUUGGACAUACUUCAAACCCGUCGUUUAGGAUAGCCUACAGUACUGCAAGUAUGGUGUCAGCAGCAUCUGCCUACCUAUUAUCCGGCUGCUUGCUCGCGCCAACGAUGGCAGGAGGCUGUGACCGUGCCAUCUACAGCAAGUGGAUUGUGAUACUGGGCGCUGCUACGUCGCACGAAGAGCGCCACUUGAAAGUUAAUGGUUUCCGAGGGGCCAUUGUAAGGCAACGUGUCGUCAUUGACGGCAAGGGACACCUUCUUGGUCGUCUGGCCAGCACUGUCGCCAAGCAGCUGCUCAACGGCCAAAAGAUCGUCGUCGUGAGAUGUGAAGCCCUCAACAUCUCCGGCGAGUUCUUCCGCGCGAAGCUGAAGUACCACGCCUACCUUCGCAAGAUGACCCGUUUCAACCCCACUCGCGGAGGUCCCUUCCACUUCCGCGCCCCCUCCCGCAUCUUCUACAAGGCCGUCCGUGGUAUGAUCCCCCACAAGACCGCCCGUGGUGCCGCCGCCAUGGAGCGCCUGAAGGUCUUCGAGGGUGUUCCCCCUCCCUACGACAAGAAGAAGCGUGUCGUCGUUCCCCAGGCUCUGCGCGUUCUCCGUCUCCGCCCCGGCCGCAAGUACUGCACCGUCGGCAGACUCAGCCACGAGGUUGGCUGGAAGUACCAGGACGUUGUCGCCAGACUCGAGGAGCGCAGAAAGGUUAAGAGCAGUGCAUACUACGAGCGCAAGAAGGCCGCUCGCCGCCAACUUGUCCACGCUCAGAAGUCGGCGGGUGUUAACGAGAAGACCAAGAGCCAGCUCGCUGAGUACGGAUUCUAG